AUGGACGAAGAAACAACGGGGCAAAGUUGUCGAAAAUGUGACGCAGCGGACAACGAGAGUAUGGUCCAGUGUGACACCUGCGACGCCUGGUACCACUUCAACUGCGUUGGAGUACAUAGCAAUGUGGCUGACGAAAGCUGGAGCUGUGAAAGCUGCCAGAAUCAUGCAUCAACCACGAACGCACAUCCAACCGCAUCGUCAUCGCCAACUACCAAGCAAGGUAACCGGCACGUGAAUUUUCUCCCAACGUUUCGAACAAUUGCGAAGAUAUCUAACUCAACAGUCAAUCCGCUUCUAAAACCUGCGACUAAUAUAGCAAAUUCUACAGUUACUACCGCUACUCCAGUAUCCACGAACUUUUCGACCUGGGCUUCUUCGAACUGGAAUUUCGAACCCAGUACAUCAGUUCAGGGAUCGCAACUGCCAAAUAAAUCAAGUGAGUAUAACCCAGGGCUACAACAAUUCACAACGGGCAGCGUCGCCACCUCUGCAAAUGAGAUCUCGUACAGUCAGCCAAAAGUACUCUCGUCGGUGCAGCAAGCAGGUAUACGAAAUGGCCAAGGUAUGCAGAUGCCAUUCAACUCCGAAAUAUAUCGAAACCUUCAGCUUGAAAAGUUGGAAGAGCAGAUGAAAUUGCAACAACAAUAUUUGGACAACAAAUAUAAGAUUCUUUCGCAGUAUAACGACCUGCCCUCAUCCAGCAUUUCGAUGGCCUCUUUUAGCAAUGGGCCUACACCUGGGCAAUUAGCAGCAAGGCAGGCCAUACCUAAGCAGCUCCCAACCUUUAAUGGCGACCCUGAAGAAUGGCCGCUGUUUAUUAGCAGUUUCGAUAACAGCACUACAGUCGCGGGGUACACCGAUGCGGAGAAUUUAAUUAGAUUACAAGCGAGCCUUAAAGGCAAAGCACGGGAGAUGGUAAAAUGUAAAUUGUUUUUGCCGUCCAUGGUCCCUGAGAUCAUAAAAACUCUUAGAAUGUGCUUUGGCAGACCUGAACACAUCCUUGAGCGCGCAAUGAAUAAAGCUCGUGCUAUGCCUGCACUGAAGGAUAAAUUGGAGGGCCUUAUUGAAUUUGCACUCUGCGUCAGGAAUAUUUGUGCCACGAUGGAGGGAUGCCAAAUGUACAUGCACCUGCAUAACCCACUGCUCGUCAAGGAGUUGGUUGACAAGCUCCCCAACAACCAAAAGCUGAACUGGGCGGUUCACCCGAAAGAUGAAAAGACUCCGGUGGUGAAACAAUUCAGCGACUGGUUGUACAAUCUAGCCGAAGCAGCCAGUACUGUCGUCUCUUUAGCACCUGCUAAAAGUAGUGCUACGGUUAACACGCAUAAUAUCGACGUGAACACUCAGCAUCCAUCACCAGCUCGCAACAUACCAAGGAGCAAGCAGUGUAUAAUUUGCAAGAGCAACGAUCAUAAGGUAAUGCAAUGCGACACUUUUAAAAAAUUUACACUUCAGCGAAAAUGGGAGGAAGUUAAGGCGAACAACCUCUGUCGCCAAUGUUUGAAUCCGCAUAGACGGAAAUGUUUUAUGAAUAAAGUAUGUGGUGUAGAUGGUUGCACUAUAAAACAUAAUCCGUUACUACAUAAAACAAUCACGGUAAUGAGCCAACAAAAACCCAUCGCCGUAAGUACAAAUACAAACGAAUUUUUAGAUGCGCAGAUAAAUACGCACAGUAGCAGCCACGAAGAAAUGCAGCCACUCUUCAGAAUCGUUCCGAUUCGCAUUUAUUCUAAAAAUAAAGUACUGAAUAUAUUUGCAUUUUUAGAUGAAGGCUCUUCUGUGACGCUAAUGGAAAAAAGAAUAUUUGAUGACUUAGGCUUGAAAGGUGAACGAGACCCUCUGUGUUUGCGGUGGACAGGUAACACGACGCGUGUUGAAGAAAAUUCUGUGCGAGCGGCCAUCGAAAUUUCGAGUGUGACAAAUUGGCAGAAAUAUACUCUCAAGAAUAUUCAUACUGUUGACGAUCUCAAUCUUCCGGCACAGUCAAUCAAUGCAUCUGCGAUGGAGCGGCUAUAUCCAUAUCUAGCGGGACUGCCAAUUGCAUCAUAUAACAACGUAAAACCAUCAUUGCUUAUAGGUGCGGACAACUGGAGGUUGGCAAUUCCACUCAAAAUUAGAGAGGGAACCUGGUUCCAGCCCAUAGCGUCAAAAACCCGUUUAGGAUGGGCGUUGCAGGGGUGCAAUUCAAGACAGACUGCCGAAUAUCGACUAAAUAUACAUACAUGCGAUUGUCAAAAAAGAUACGAUGAGCUGCACGAGACUGUAAAAGAAUUCUUCACGUUAGAGUCAUCCAAACCUACUCAGCUACUGUCGGAAGAAGAUGCCAAAGCUGUGAGUAUUGCGAAUAACACUUGUAAAAAGGGCGAUAACUUUUACGAAAUUGGGCUACCGUGGCGUACCUCAAGUGCAUUGCUACCCAAUAACUAUGUAUAUGCUUUACAACGGCUGAUGUGUUUGCAGAGGAAGUUUGUUAAGGAUCCUAUGCUAAAAUCUAAUAUUCAAAUUCAAAUCAAUAAUCUACUUUCCAAGGGGUACGCGAAAAAACUCUCCCCGAUUGAGGCUACUAUUUCUAACGGUAAAACAUGGUAUUUGCCUAUUUUCAUUGUAAGCAAUCCAAAUAAGCCUGGAAAGCUUCGGAUGGUGUGGGAUGCUGCUGCAAAGGUGAACGGGGUGUCACUCAACGACUUCCUACUGAAUGGCCCAGACUUACUUAACCCACUCGUUAGUAUUUUAUUAGCUUUUAGAGUAGGCAGAGUGGCUAUAUGCGGUGAUAUAGCGGAGAUGUUUCACCGUAUCAAUAUACGGGACAGCGACAUGCAUGCUCAGCGAUUUUUGUGGUGCGAUGACGAUGAUGAUCCUCAGCAACCAAGUAUUUAUGUCAUGCGAGCGUUGACCUUCGGACUGAAUUGCGCUCCGUUUAUUACCCACUACAUACGUGACAAAAACGCCGACCAUUUUGAAAAUGAACUUCCUCGAGCCGUAGAAGCUGUAAAGAAGAACCAUUACGUGGAUGACUUUAUUGACUGUGGAGAUGAUGAACAAUCUGCGUUAGAAUUGGCUCAACAAGUAAAAAAAAUUCAUGGCGCCGCUGGCUUCAAUAUACGUGGCUGGUCUUCAAAUUCCAAAUUUGUCGUGGAGCAGCUCGAAGAAGAUCCUAUGUCAGUUCAAUCCGUCAAAGAAUGGGGUUCAACCACGAAAGUCCUCGGUAUGUUUUGGGACCCUUUAAGCGAUAAUUUUAAAUAUAUUUGUAGAUUUGCGAGACUUCGUCGCGAUGUUAUUAACGAAUCGAUCAUACCAACGAAAAGAGAAGUACUCCAAGUUUUAAUGUCGAUCUUCGACCCUCUUGGAUUUGUUUGCUGCUACACCGUAGGGUUAAAGAUCUUGCUGCAAGAUGUAUGGCGAUCUGGUCUCGCCUGGGACGACCCGCUCCAAGACAAUCUUUUCGACAAAUGGAACCAGUGGAAGUCCAUUAUGCCAUUAAUAACAGCUGCCGAAAUACCUCGAUGUUAUUCACUAUUGCUGAAAGAUGCUGAAGAUGUUCAACUUCACACCUUUGUUGAUGCCGGGGAAAGCGCGUAUGCAGCCGUUUGCUACUUGCGUGUAUCAAAGGGAAACGACGUCACGGUUAGUCUAGUGGCUGGCAAAUCCAAAGUCGCACCGCUAAAGCCAUUAUCGAUACCCAGACUAGAGUUGCAGGCGGCGGUUAUUGGUGUGAAACUGGCGAACAUGGUAAGCAAUACGCAACGUAUUAACAUAAUGUCGAAAUAUUGGUGGACAGACUCAAAGACGGUGCUAAGAUGGAUGCGAAUGGACCCUAAAAACUUCCACCAAUUCGUGAUGCAUAGAAUAGGCGAAAUUCUAGAGGCGUCAAACGUAAGCCAGUGGCGGUGGGUUCCCUCGAGAAAUAAUCCCGCCGAUUUAGCUACAAAAACAACUACACGUCAGUGCUACCAAUUGUGGUUUACCGGCCCAAAUUUUUUAAGAUCGAGCGCAGAAGCUUGGCCGCAGUGCGAAGAGUUAAGCUUAGAGGAGUGCGACGAUUCGGAAAUUAAACAUUAUGUUCUACAUAUGAAAAAGGAACACAUGAACAACCUGAUGCUGAACGUGGAGCACUUUUCCAGCUGGAAACGUUUGUAUCGAGCUGUGGCUACAUUUUUAUUUUACGUCGACCGAUUACGCUCAGUUGUGCUAGCAAGGCAACGAAAAACAUCCAUCGACUUUGACAUGAUUCAGAAAGCUCAAUGUCUUCUUAUAAGGUAUGCUCAGUCCAGUGAAUAUUGUGAAGAGAUCAGGUGCCUCAAACGCGGUAAGAAUAUUGACAACUCUAGCAAACUCUUUACUUUAAACGUUUACUUAGACACAGAUGGCAUAAUAAGAUGCAAAAGUCGAGUUGAACACUUAAACAACCAUGAAGAUAUUAUAGUGAUGCCUAAUUCUCAUCAUGUCACCUUUUUAAUAGUGCGUUGGGCUCACGAAAAUUUCCAUCACCUGAUGCAUGAGUCUGUAAUCAAUCAAAUUCGUGGUACAUACUUUAUAAAUCGACUGAGGGUGUUGUAUAAAAGAGUGCGCGCAGAGUGUCAAAAAUGUAAAAACCAUAGCUCAAUUCCUCAGCCGCCACAAAUGGCAGCGCUGCCGGCUGCAAGGAUUGCCGCUUUCGAGAGGCCCUUCACGUAUGUAGGUAUCGACUAUUUUGGCCCAUUGCUUGUCAUCGUGGGAAGAAGGCGAGAAAAGAGAUGGGGCGUUCUAUUUACAUGUCUAACGCUUCGCGCUAUACACAUCGAAGUUGCCCACAGCUUAAAUACCAGUUCCUGUAUCAUGGCGAUACGCAACUUUAUAUCACGACGCGGCUAUCCCAGGGAGAUAUUCUCGGACAACGGCACCAAUUUCAAGGCAUCUGAAAAAAUAAUUAGCGAGAGUCUGAAAAAUAUCGAUUUGAAUGGUAUCGCCUCAUCUUUCGACCGAGUAAAAUGGAGAUUUAAUCCACCAAGCACCCCCCAUAUGGGUGGUGCAUGGGAAAGGCUUGUGAGAUCAGUGAAGACUGUGCUUUAUGAAAUACUACCUUCAACAAGUUUCAGCGAUGAAAGCUUGCGAAGUGCAUUGAAUGAAGUAGAAUUUAUCCUGAACGCCCGCCCGCUUACAUUUGUUUCUUUGGAAAAUGGUGACGACGAGGCUCUUACUCCCAACCACUUGCUGAUUGGGUCAUCGGAUGGCUACAGGCCAAUAUGUAGCGACACCGUCAAUCUGCGUCAACGUUGGCAAUUGACCCAACAAUUCGCUGACCGCUUUUGGCAUCGAUGGGUGAAGGAAUAUAUACCGGUCAUCUCUAGACGUACCAAGUGGUUCACAAAACAACGCCCAGUACGUAUUGGCGAUGCCGUGGUGAAUAAUAAUAACAUGCAAUGGAGAGCUGGCGGAGUCAAUAACUCAGAAAAUCCGGUAGUUAAAAUGGAAGUGGAUGGCACGGUUCAGACACGACAGGCCAAUUAUAUGAACCGCCCGAGGAAAUGGAAUGCUGAUAAAAGGGGACCAUCUUCGUCAGCCGGGGGACUGCUCAAACAACAGAAGCUUUUCAACUUAGAAGCAAGCCUUGAAGGGGCUCAAUGUGAGGAAAAACUCGAACAACACGAUGAGACCGAGGAAAAUUUUUUAACGGAGGGUCUUCCUGCUUAUUUCAUAUAG